ACAAAAAAAACAUACAUGUAUUUAUGCCCUUUCACGGCUCUCACACACUCAUUCUCUGUUUCAUACCACACCAAAAGGACUUAAUGGUUUGAAAAGGAAGGACCUUGAUUUGACGCUCCAGCUGUCGUUUGUCGAGUCGUUUCCUGAACUUGACGUGGCUUUGGAAUGACUUUGCGAAACACAGGGAAAGAGAGUGAGAGGAAACAGUCCUGUGAAAGAGGACAAGGAUAUCGGACACCUCCCGUGUCAGUACUCGGAAUGGGUUGGUCUUGGGCUCUAGCCUGCUCGUGUGCAUUAGUGCUGGGGUGCGCGUCCGCGGCAUCUGAAGAUAAGCCUGACAUGUUACAGAGAGAGGCCUCCUUUGACCUAGAGGAGCUCCUGCAAGGGGCGAGUCAGCUGGAGACUGAUAUGACCCAGAGGGAGGUGGGCUUUGGGGGACCCCAGGAACCCAAAGAGUUUCCUGGCAUUCUGCAGAGAGAGGUCCAUCUGACGCCUCACCUGCUCAAAGUCCUCAUGGAGAGAGCUGACUUAGACAUGACCCAGAGGGAGGUCACCCUGCACCUGGACACAGACUUUACACCUGGAGAUCGGCCAAUGGCUGGGCCUCGCUCGUUUGGGGAUUCCCGCCCCAGUGUCCUCUUCCCCCCCGGCCAGCCCUCCCCUAAUAACCUUCAGGCCAUCUGUCUCCAUAGCAGCCGUCGUCCCCGGUACCCUAUCCACUCUCUCCCCCAGAACGGCUUCGGCUACCUUCGUCGUCAAGGUGACGCCGUCAACCGGGUAGAGUCCUGGUACAGCGCAUGUUGCCAUGGGAACGGGACACAGCAGGUCCAGGAAGUGACGCUGUGCUGCGUUACACAGGCGUGGGAGCAGACCCUGUCCACAUUCUGUGCUGAUGAGUUCUCAGUGAAGACAAGCCACUACCACUGCUGCAAGAAAGAGGGCGGGGCCAGAAUGCGCUGUUUCCAUAGCCAAACCCCAAACCCCAACUACCUGCCGACCACCCAGGGGGCAGGCUCCUCCCCCAUACCUGAACCUGGCUUCACCUUUAACCCCAAAACAUGUCACAAGUCCCAGCCCAGUCCGCGUGCUGUCAGAGGGUAUAAAUCCCUCCAAGCUACUCCCAGAGACUCUGACAUCAGCUUCCCCCCUGGACGCCCCACUUCCGACAACAUCAGAUUGGUCUGCUGCCUACACAACGACCGCCCCCUCUACACCACCAAGUGCCUGCCACGUACAGGCUAUGGCUGGCUGGCCCGUCAAUCAAAGACCGUGAACCGGCUGGAGAGAGGGUUCAAACACUGCUGUAGGGGACAGAAGGAUGUGCUACCCUGUGCUGAGGGAAAGUGGCGUGAGGUGCUUGACAGGUUUUGUGUGGAAGAGCAGAAGGGGAGGCCUCACAACUCCUCCUGUUGUGAUGUGGGAGAGGGUGAGGAGAGGUACACCUGUUUCUCCUCCCGCGCCCCUCAUCCAGACUAUGACCGAGAGCUCCCCUCUGCCACACCACAGACCCACACCCUCGGACACAUCUGUGAAACAAACAACAUCAUCAAGAAGAAGUUCCCUGUGGAGCUCCCUCUCCAGAAUUUAGUGGACCAAUGCUGCCCCCUGCCAGCAGACCAGAUAACUGCAUGUGUUAAGGACAAGGUAGUGAUGCUGGCGUUUAGCCGCUGUAUUGAGAGGAAGCCCUCCUCCUCCACUGGCUUGCAGAAGUCCUUCCCUUCCUCCUCCAUCUGCCAGGACGCCCCUAUAUGCCUCUCCAGCCUGCUCAUGAAUGCCAAUGCCAAGGCAACCAAGUCCCCACACCUCAGAAAGAGGAAAUGCCCCCUCGCCUGAUUUUCUUUUUUUUACUCUGAUGGCAGUGGACCAAUCCGAAUUGGCGGUCAGGGGAUUUGUGCAGUAAUCACUAGAUGACCAUGCUAGAAAGGAUAUAAUUGGCUAAUGCUGAAGAACUGUUGAGCAAGUGCAUGAUUUAGUCAAACAGGGGUUAAGGUGUGGGUAGAAGUAAGUAUAAUGCUAGGGUUUGUGGUUAAAUAACAGAAUUUAUAGUCAAAGUGCCAUUUAUUCCAUAUUUUCUAGCAUGGCCAGAUGACAAUCAAUUAAUGUAUGCUAUCAGAGUGCACAUAAUAUGCCAGUAUUACUGUCAGUGUCUGUCCUUAAGAUGGUGUUAUAAUGUUAGAACACCUGAAGAGCUGAUAUAUCUGCUUUACGAAUCAAAUCACUUAUUUUUAUAUUCAUGUUUCAGGUUUGUUAGUUGUAUUUUUCAUAUAGCUCCAGAACUGCUAGUCCAGUUCUAUUUCUAACAUUUGAAAUAAAUAUUUGAAGCACUGCCA